AUGAGCCCGGAAAAGCAUCAUGAGGAAGAGGAUGACGUUGACUGCGUCCUCCUUUCAGCGUCAAAGAUCCUAAAUUCCUCUGAGUGGGUAAAGGAAAGCGGUGGCAGUGAAACAGAAUAUGGCUGCGCGUCAGAAUCAGAAAAUCAAAUCCAACCACGGUCAGCAUUGAAAGCCCUUCAGCAUCAAUUGGAGUCAUUUCAGGCUCUCCGAAUACAGACUUUGCAGAAUGUUAGCAUGGUACAGUCUGAAAUCAGUGAAAUACUGAACAAAAGUAUUAUUGAAGUAGAAAACCCACAACCGAACUCAGAAAAAAAUCUGGUAUUCAGCCCACACAUUGAAAAGGCUGUGCCUAUAGAGAAUCAAGAAGAAAUCCUUUCUAUGGAGAAAAUUCAUCAUUUUGAGGAUUCCAGGACUCUUCAUUCAAUGGAAGAAAAAUCCAGUAGCGAUAGCAUUAAUAGUCUCUCUCAAGAUAUAAAUACUCCAUCCCAGAUACAUUUCAAGGACAUAUUAACUUUGAAAACCUCAACAGAUAAUUCAGCUCCAAACAUAAUUAUGAGCCCUUCAGAAGAUUCUGACAAGUUGAAGAAUUAUAAUAACCUUUAUAGUUUUCUACCUAAUGCACCUCAAAAUAUGAUGUCUCAAACUGAUACGGUGAUUCUGGAUAAAUCCAAAAUCACUAUGCCUUUUCUCAAGCAUGGAUUUUGUGAAAAUUUAGAUGAUAUUUGCCUUUCUAUCAAACAAAUGAAGGAGGAGCUUCAAAAAUCACAUGAUAGGGAACUAGCACUUACGAAUCAACUUCAAACUUUAAAAACUGAUGCAAAUGUUCCAACUAAUGGUAAAUAUGACCUGUCCCCCACUCACAAGGAAAAAAUUUACUUUAUUAAGGAAGAAAAUAUAGAAAGUAACUUAAAUGAAGAUAUAAAAUCAAAGAGAAUUUCAGAAUUAGAGGCAUUACUAAACAAAUUACUCCCACUCAGGGGAACAGCGUCAAAAUUCCAUGUGAAUUUUUGUAGGAAAUGUAAAAAAUUAUCUAAGAGUGAAAUACACAGGGGAAAAAGGAAUGAGAAAAACAACAAGGAAAUUCCCCUCACUGGCAAGAAUAUUACAGAUUUAAAAUUCCAUUCCAGAGUUCCAAGACAUACACUGUCAUUUUUUGACCCAACAAAUGAAAUGAAAAACAAAGAAAGGCAACCAUUUGUAGUAAAACACGGAUCAAUAGUAUUUGAAAAUGAGAGAACACCCAAAGUCAAUUCUGUCACUGAGCAGUGUGUUGCAAAAAUUCAGUACUUACAGAAUUACCUAAAAGAAUCUAUACAGAUACAGAAAAAAGUAACGGAACUGGAGAAUGAAAAUCUAACCCUUAAGACCAAAAUAAAACCGCUAGUCUUUACCACACAAUCUCUGAUACAGAAAAUUGAAAUACAUGAAAAGCAACUUAAGAAUUUGGGUGAAGAAAAGAACACUAUUCAGUCCAAGCUAGUUAAAACAGAAGAAAAUGGUAAAGAAUGUCUUAAAGAAUUGAAAAAAAUAAUUAGUAAAUAUAAUGCUCUCCAAGGACAUAAUAAAACUCUAGAGGAAAAAAAUAGUCAACUUUCUUUGGAGAAACAACAAAUGAUAGAAACUCUAGAUCAACUGAAAAGUAAGGAACACAAAACUCAAAAUGAUAUGGCCAUUGUCAAUGAAGAAAACAGUCGAUUGAGUAUAGAAAUGGAAUCAAUGAAAACAAAUAUUCUGUUGAUACAAGAUGAAAAGGAAAUGUUAGAGGAAAAAACAUACCAGCUUUUAAAAGAAAAAAGCUCACUUGAAAAUGAACUGAAAGAAAACAAGCUAGAGAUAAUGCAACUGAAAGAGAAAGAAAGAUUGGCAAAAACUGAACAAGAGACACUUCUUCAAAUAAUAGAAACAGUUAAAAAUGAAAAAUUUAAUCUUGAAACAACAUUACAAGAAUGUACUGCUGCUAGACAAAAGAUGGAAAGAGAAAUUGAGAAUAUUCAAACUUACCACUCUACUGCAGAAGAGAAUUUUCUGAAAGAAAUACAAAAUGCAAAAUCAGAAGCAAGUAUUUAUAAGAACAGCUUGUCAGAAAUGAGCAAUGAAUGCGAAAUGUUAUCAAAAAUGGUAAUGGAAAUUAAAACAGAUAAUCAGAUUCUAAAAGAAGAACUAAAAAAACAUAGUCAAGAAAAUGUAAAUUUUGAGAACAGCAUCAGUAGACUCACAGAAGACAAAGUACUUUUAGAAAACUAUGUAAGAAGUAUAGAAAAUGAAAGGGAUACCCUCGAAUUUGAGAUGCGGAAUCUUCAAAGAGAUUAUUUAAAUCUAAGUGAAAAAAUGUGUAGUCAGCAUGGUGACCUAGCAAAAAUGGGUUACAUUUCGAGAAGAGAGAAAUUCCAUUUUGACAACUAUGAUACUCGUGAAGACACCUCCAGUCCCAAGAGUAGACCUUUAGCUCCUGAUUUGAAAGGUAUGUACGUUGUGGUGGAUUAG